AUGAAGUUACUCCUCGAAGAAUUAUUUAAUCAUGUUCGAGAUUACUUGGUUGAAAAGAAAUCUACCUGGGUAAAGCAAGAGGUCAGACAAAAUUUCGUCCUAAUCCUCAAUGCCGUAUUUAGACUUCCUGGCUGCAAGAGGCUGCAAGAUUGUUGUCUCGAAUUAAUCUGCGCAAAUCCACAACUAAUCAUUACCUCGAAAAGCUUUACAUCGUUAGAUGUAAAUUAUUCCAGACUUUCAAGAGACCUCUCUUUGAGAUUAAAUGAUGGUGAUGAUUUCAACGUGAUCAUUCAGAUUAGUGAAGAUAAAAAUGCAAAAUCAUUCCGAGCACAUUCGAUUAUUUUACGAGCUCGUUCUUCAUAUUUUAAACGCGUUCUUUCGGUUACAAAGAAGAAUGACCUGAUCACGCAAUAUAAACCUAACUUCACUCCGGUCGUUUUUAACAUGAUCUUAACGUACAUUUACUCGGGUGAACUUUACUUGAUCAAAACUUCAGCCGAUGAUACCUUUGGAUUAUUAAUUGCAGCCGACGAUUUACUCCUUGAAGAAUUAUUCAUACAUGUCCAAGAUCACUUGAUCGAAGAACAUACCGAUUGGAUUGAACAAAAUUUCUCAAUCAUUUCACCACCACGACUUCGAAGGAUUCAAUCGAAAAUCGUCAACCCAGAGCUUACUUAUAUAAUUGCUCGUUGGAUCGAAAGACGUAAUGAAAGCUACCCUUUACUUAGGAAAAAAUAUAAGUUCGAGCUUCUUUAUCGCGGAACUCGAGAUGAACUCAAUGCUGAUUCAUUUCGUAAAAAGUAUAGUAAUCAUGGUCCAUGUUUAGUAUUAUUCAAGCAACAUAUGUCACCAGUAAUUUAUGGAGAAUAUAAUCCACUAAAGUUUGUUCCAAGGAGUCGAUGGUAUAGUGAACAAAAUAGCUUCAUAUUUUCAUUUGAAAAUGAUCAGGAUACUACAAAUAUGAGAAUAAGCCGUUUGUUAGAGUUUGACAAUAGGUUAAAAAGAUGUGUCAGUUAUGCAAGGAAUGAAUGGAUUAAUAAUAAAUUUUAUUUCGCCAGUACGUUUCGUAAGAUGGAUCAUUUUGUUUAUCCAAACUUUUCAGGUUAUUAUGAUCAUAAGGUACAAAGUGAUGUUAAAUUUAUUCCGGAGGAAAUUGAAGUUUUUAAUGUAAAUAUUUUGUAA